AUGUCACGCCAGAAGUACCACCGCGGCUACGAGCCCAUUUUCGACUCGGGCUUUACCUCCAUCUUCAGCCGCUUCCCACAAUCCCUGGCCAGCCAGUUCGACGACCUCACCCACCUCGAAGUUGACACUCUCGACCCUGAAGAUGGCGGCACCAAACCCUUCGUCUACCUCCGCUGCCCGGGCCACAACAACGGCUGCGCCUCCUGCGGCUACCACGCCUGCCACAUCGACUCUCUCAUCGUCGCCAUCUCCGGCACCGCCCGCCUCACUGCUGCCGGUAACACUGAGUCCGGGUACGGCGUCUACUUUGGCCACCAGAACCCCCACAACAUCCAACGCCACGUCGACGAGGAGGACGGCGUUAGGCCGAGCGCCCAGCGCGAGGCUAUCCGGGCGGCCAUCGCGGGCCUCGAUGCCGUGAUGCCCUUUUGCGGGGGCGGCGGCCAGUGGGACUGCUCUGGCCACCCCGACGAGCCGCCGUGCAUGGUCAAGCAUGUCAUCUUAAAGUCCGACUCGGCGUACCUCGUGGAGACCGUGGGCGGCGGACAGAAUGGGGAGGAGCCGCACAUGCGCAAGUGGCUGAAGAACGGAUUCAAGACUGCGUCGAAGCAGCCUGUCAAGAACAAGGACCUGUGGGACGUUUUGGUGGCAAAGUUGACGGGAUUGUUUGACUGGGGCGUUGCUGUUGAGUUUUGGCUUGUUUCGCGUGAGGAGAACGAGAAGGCGGCUGCGUUGGCGAGUGCUGGAUGUGCGUAG